AUGCAAGAAGAUAAAACUGGGUUGUUUACAUGCCAAUAUAAUUCUAAAAGAACUUAAUAAAGUCUUUAAAAUACUACUUAAUAACCAGAAGACACUAAACAACAAUAAGAAAAAAUACCAACUAACAAUCCCAAAAUAAAAUUUAUUCCUAUUAAGAAAUAAUAAUAUUUAAACAAUUAAUUAAACCAACCCCAAUAAUAAAUUAGCCAAACAAAUGACUCAAAUCAAAAUGAUGAAGAUCUAAGUAUAACUACGACCCAUAGUUAAUCAAUUUUUUAAACAAACUUAUUUAUUGAUUAAACUAUAUUUCAAACCAAAGCAAUAUUAUGCUAAAACUGUACCUAAAACAUUAAACAUAAUUCUAUUUUAUUAUCUUGUUUUCAUUCAUAUCAUAAGGAAUGUUUAGAUGAAUUGAUAAAAGAAUAUAUUGAUAAUAAUAAACCAAUCAUUUUAUGUAGGUGUAAUAUAAAAAUACCUUAAAAGUUCAUAUUGAACCUAAUUUAAGAUCGUUAAUUAAAAAAAAAAUAUUUUAUCAAUUAGUUGUAUGGAUUGAUAUCUAAAGCUCCUUUAUAAUUUUAAUAAAAUUUAUUGGUUGAAAAUUAAUAUCAUCUAGAAAAUUUGAAAAAUAUUUUGGAUUAAUUGAUGGUUGAAGAUGAUACUCCUUAAAAAAUCUAUUACAAAUGA